GUGUGUGUAUAUAUAUAUAUAUGUAUAUUGUUUCAAUUAUAUCCUAUAAAACUAAAAUGCUUGCCAAAAUAAGGAAAGAAACUAGAUGAAAUUUAGGAUUUCAUCAUUACUGUAGGUAUUAGUAAAGUUUGUUGAUAUAAUUAAGAUGUUUUGGCAUAGGAUGUAAAUAGUUUGUAAUAAGAGUUUAUUUUCUUUGUCUACAUGUCAAUGGAUUUAGAUUCCGUUUACAAGAGUUAAUACCGAAACAGACAAUUUCAAAUGCCCUUAAACAGAAGCCAGUAAGCAAGUAAAGGACAACAGGACAAAACAACCUUCCACCUGGCCUCUGUACCAGUACUGGAGUUGCUUGCUACUUUCAAUCAGAAAAGGCGAGCACUGAGCACGAGACUUCCAGAAGCUACCAACAAAGAGGAGCAUUCCAGCCGCUGUCUUUGAUUACAGAAGGAAAUGGCAGCGGACUUUCUAAUUUCAAUUGCCUCAAAAAUUGGAGAGUGCUUGGUCACACCAAUAGGAAGGGAGUGUGGCUAUUUGGUUAAUUACCAUUCCAACCUUGCAAGUCUUCAGCGUGAGAUAGAAGACCUUUGUCGCAAGAAAGAUGGAGUGCAGGGUUUGGUAGAUGCUGCCAAAAGGAACGGUCAAACCAUCAAACCUGAUGUUCAGGGUUGGCUAAAGAAUGUGAACGACGACAUGGUCAAAAAAGUGUUGCAGUUUGAGGAUGAAAUUAACAAGAAAAGGCGAUGUGUGUAUCGAUGGAGCUUGAGUCGGAAAGCCUAUAAGAUUACACAGCAUGUUCUUCAGCUCCAAAACAAAGGAACGUUUGAAAAUGUGGCCCAUCCUGCACCUCCACGAAAGAUAUGGUCAACAUUCAAAGAAGGUUUUAAAGAUUUUAAGUCCAGAAUGGCAAAGAUCAAUGAGGUGAUAGAGGGUUUGAAGAGGGAAGAAGUAAGACUGAUCGGGAUCUGUGGAAUGGGAGGUGUGGGUAAAACCACAAUGGUGAAAGAAAUCAUCACAAGAUUGGCAGAACUGAACCUGUUUGACGAAAUCGUAAUGGCAACUGUGUCUCAAAGUCCAAGUGUUAAGACGAUCCAGUCGGAAAUUGCAGGCCAAAUAGGUUUGAAACUUGAUGAGGAUCCCGAGUCUGUAAGAGCACUAAAGCUAUAUGGGAGACUCACGGAAAUAAAAAGGAUCCUGAUUGUAUUAGAUGAUGUAUGGACAGAGCUUGAUUUUAAGGCUAUAGGACUUCCUUACGAACAUACUAAUAAAGGGUGCAAAAUUUUGUUGACAUCACGGAAUUUGGAAGUCUGCAACGAGAUGAGAAGUCAACAAAUUAUUGAAGUCCGGACUUUAACAACAGAAGAAUCACAGGAGCUCUUUAGAGAAAUGGUAGGUGAAUCCUUCGAUGAUCCUGAUUUACAUUCCACUCCAAAAGAUGUUGUGAAGGAAUGUGGAGGUUUACCUAUUGCUAUUGUUACUGUUGGAAAAGCCCUAGAAAACAAAAAGAAGCAUGCAUGGGAAGAUGCCCUUAAUCAGCUGCGAAAUUCUAACCCAGUGAACAUCCCUGGAGUGGACAGCAAAGUUUAUUCUAGCAUAAAAUUGAGUUUUGAUGGCUUGGAGAGUGAUGAAGCAAGGUCAUGCCUUUUACUUUGUUGUUUAUUUCCAGAAGAUUAUAAUAUUCGAAUUGAGUAUUUGGUUCGAUAUGGGUGGGGUCGAGGAUAUUUUAGCAGCAUCGUUACUUUGGAAGAUGCAAGAAAUAGAGUGCAUUCUUUGGUUGACCAACUAAAAAGAAGGUUUUUGUUACUAGAUGGUGGCAGGAGUGAGACUACAAAAAUGCAUGACAUAGUUCGCGAUGUUGCCAUAUCGAUUGCUUCUAGAGAUCCACAUCGAUUUCUGGUAAGAAGUCAUGCUGAAAAUAAAGAGUGGCCAAAUUUAGCUACAUAUGACACAAUCUCACUAGUUGGCAAUCUGGAGAUUCCAGUUGGUUGCCCAAAACUUAAGCUUCUACAGACGAUGAAUGGACGUUUUUCAAAAGGUAGAUUGGACAUCAUUUGUGAUGCGAUGAAAGAACUGAAGGUUUUAGCUUUGGUGGGAAUGGCAAUGGAAGACCUAGGCUCAUCAAGAUCACCAGGAGUACUGAAGAACCUGCGGACCUUGAUCCUAGAUGAGUCUGACUUUGUUGGCAUGUCUACUGAUGUUAUUGGGCCUUUGGAGAAUUUAGAAAUACUCAGCUUUCGAGAUUGUUAUUACAUGCAUGAGUUGCCAAGCGAAAUUGGACGACUUAAACAGUUGAGGUUGUUAGAUACGACAAACUGCAAGAAUCUUAAGGUGAUUCCACAUGGUAUCUUCUCCAGCUUAUGUAGACUUGAAGAGUUGUAUAUGAUGGGUAGCUUUGAUAAAUGGGACCUUGGAACAGGAAGAGAAGAUAAGAGGAUGGCAAGCAUUUCUGAGGUGAUGUCUCUGUCUCAUCAUUUGAAGGUUCUAUCCAUAGAAUUACCCCCCAAUUUCAUCCACUUGUUGCCAAAAGACGUAGUCUUGAAAAGCCCAACAAUAAAAUUCGCUAUUGGAAGUACCAAGAUGCUUUCGGAGAUGUUUUCGGAGAUGUUUUGGGAGAUGACAACUUAUGCAUUCAGAAACUCACUAAUUAUUGAUGAAGGUGAUGCAAGGGAGUUGGAGAGUCAAGCAGUUAGGCUCUUGUUGAAAAAAUCUGAAAAAUUGUUUUUGUGCAAAGUUAAGAAUUUCUCUGUCCUUACUGAUUUAGACCAAGAGGGAUUUCAAGAUUUGAAAUAUUUGACUCUUGAGCAUUGUCCAAAUACUGAGUAUCUUGCAAAUGGAACAAGUGUGACCCAGCAGACACCAUUUCCUCACAUACAAUCAGCUAGUCAACUUCCGAAUAGCUUUUUGACCAACCUAAGAUUCCUUCGAUUGUUCAAUUGUGAUGUCUUAAAAUAUGCCUUUUCACUAUCAGCAGCGAGAAACUUAGUACAACUCGAGGAAUUAGAUAUUGGUGACUGUGAUCAAAUGGAAGAAAUUGUGUCGAAGCAGGGGAGGGAACAUGAGAAUGAAGCCGAUAUAAUAUCUUUCAAUAAAUUAACCAAAUUGAGUCUCUGUCAUCUACCGAGUUUGGUUGGUUUCUUCCAAGCCAACAAGCUAUACUCCAACCAAGAGGAAACAACGCCAAGGAUUGAGCAUCAAUCUGCAGGAAUAUUUGAAAAAGCAAUAUUUCCAUCAAAGUGCAUUUCAUGGUUUCCAAGUUUAGAAGAGGUAGAAUUGAGUGAUAUGGAGUUUGAAGGCGUGCUAUUUGAUCUGAAAAACAUUCCGUCUGGAUUCCAGGGCUUCCAAAAUUUGAGAUAUUUGGAAUUGAGACGUUGUUAUGGUCUAGAAUAUGUGUUCUCGCAUUUAAUUGCCUCGGAACUUUUGAAUCUUGAAGAGGUAAAGAUAGGUGGAUGUCGGGACAUGGAAACUAUAGUCAGAAUCACAGAGGAAAAUGAAGAAGAGGCGACAAAAGACAUGAUUUUGUUUCCGAAACUGAACACAUUUGCACUACAAUACCUGCCUCGUCUCACAAGUCUUUGUCCAGCGGGAUCUACAUUUCAAUGGUCAUCCACAAAAAAUAUGCGCGUAGAAGAAUGUCACAAAUUGAAGACAUUGGGUGCUGUAAUUCCACAAAGAAAGAAGUUGGAGAAUAAGUCUGAGAAGGAUUCAACAAGUCAUGAUUUCAGCACCUCUCCAACACGUUCAUCAAAUUGGUGCCCUGAUGGAUGUGGAUGCAUACCAUAUUCAAGACCAAACGCCCAACGCCCCAUUGAAAUAUUGCCACGUCCAAUUAAUCAGGAGGUUACACCAACUAAUCUGGAGGACUCAAAUGAUGAUGAUAAUCUCGAAGAUCUUAUUGUACUUGGCUGUAAUUCAAUGGAAGUGAUUUUCCAACUCAAGGGACCGGAGCAUGAAGAAAGUAGUCACUCCGUUGAAGCAUUCAAAAAAUUGAGCUACUUGGGGUUAGUUAGGUUGCCAAGUUUAAUGUGUGUUUGGGAGACAGGUAGUUCACAACCAAUGUUCACAGGAAGCAGUUUCGGAAACUUGAAAUUGCUGCGGGUCUAUAGUUGCAACCAGUUGAAAUACUUGUUUUCUUCGUCCAUAGUCAAACUUCUUGCGAGUGUAGAGUACAUAGAAGUUACGAACUGCGAGCAGAUGGAAGAAAUCGUUGCCGCAGAAGAAGAAACAGCUGAAAUAAUUACAUUACCUAAAGUGAAGGUUAUCAGGCUUGAAAGUUUGCCAAAACUCAAGUAUUUUUGUGGUGAAGCUUAUACUUUGAAGUUGCCGUCUUUGGACUUAUUGAGGGUUAUUAAUGUGCAAGACUUAAGGCCAUUUGAUUCUAAGCUUGUUGACACGCAUAAUCCCCGAUUGCAAGUAAAACCCGCAUUUCGACAGAAAUGGACAAGGACAAGAGUUUACAGAACGUUGUGGCUUCAGCAAUUCGUUUACCAUAUCAUAUGUACAAGCCAAUAAAAGGUCAUUUGUUGCACCAGAAUUUCAUUCCAAAAAUACUAUUUAUGUUGCUUAUUUUAUGUAUUAUAAAUUUCGAUUGUGAUUAUAACUGUUUGUUUCUAAAUUAGAGUUUGCUUAUUUGUUAUGAUAAUUUGGAAAAGUUGUCUCUAGCUACCAAUAUUUGCAUUUCAAUUUAUAAUGCUAAAAGUUCUGUAAUACCAUACACGUAAAAGAUGAAUGACAUGUAUGUAGAAUGACACAUGUAAUAUUGAUCAUACACAUGUAAGCUAAAUAAUAUUAUGAUACACUAGCCGGCCACAACUAAUGUAAGCUGAAUAAUAUGAUCAUUCACUAUAAGAUCUGAUAUUAAUUCAUAAAAUCUGAUUUUCCCCUAAAUAUAACGGAAAUCAUAUUUAUCUAGGCAUGCUUAAUAUUUGAUAAAGAAAAAACAUUUCUUAAAUAAAUGUCCACUCACACCUCAGGCUAGCUCUCCCAUGAGGAGCCUUGUCUACCAAAUACGUAAGUUCAAGCAACUUCAAGAGAGAAUUUCCUCCACAUUAAGUCUUAAACAUCUAGUGGACAACUACAGUAAACAAGGAAUCAGGCUAACUAUUGCCUUCAUCAUAACAUGAUUUUGGCCCCCAUUUUCUAAUUCCGUACCACAUUUUCACAUUCUUUCCAUGAAUUUUAUAAUUCCUAUGCAAAAGUGUUCCAAUGAAUUAUAAAAUUCCUAUGAAUUUUAUAAUUCCUAUUCACAACAAUACAAGGUUCUACAGAGUUCAAGCCUACACCAUGUUAUAGACAUGCUUCAACCGAGAACGUAAUCAUUAGGGGUUUCAACAGCUUCACAGAUACAAUAAUUAACAUAAGUCUCAUCUCCGACAUUCACACACAAAAUCGAAUAAAAUUCGAAAUCAAGAAUCAAUCCCAAAACUGAAAGUUGAAAAUUUGGAAAAAGAACUUACAUUGGAGAACAGCCCACGAGAAGAGGAUCAUUUCUACCUCUUGGGUCGAGGUCCAAUUCCGGUGAUAUUGGCCGGAAGUUGGCCGG